AAGCACCGCGUCCGACAGGAGCGUGGACUACAGCAGGUCGCAGUGCUCCUGCGGCAGCCUGGGCUCCCACUGCGACUACUCGGAAGACUUCCUCUCCGAGUGCUCCGAGGCAGCCGAGAAGAGAAGCCAUUUAGAGCAGCCUGCGGCCGGAGGAAAGAGGGAGAAGAAGAAGUACAAUGCCUGCAAAAGCUCCCAGCCUAGAGGCCAGAAGGAAAUCUCAAUUGAAAAAAAGCACACCUGGAAUGCAGCAUUUUUAAAUUCUCAAAUCAGUAUGAUUACCCAGAGAAGGGACGCUAUGGUUCAUCGCAUAUUCUCAGCAAGGAUUCAUAAGUUCAAGGAACUAAAAAAUGAAUUAGCUGAUGUACAUCGUAAAUUGGAAGCCAUCGUCAUAGAAAACCAAUUUUUGAAACAACUUCAGCUUAGGCACUUGAAAGCUAUAGGAAAAUACGAGAAUUCACAAACUAAUCUACCUCAAAUUAUGCUUAAACAUCAGAAUGAAGUGAGAAACUUAAGGCAGCUACUUAGGAAAUCCCAGGAAAAGGAAAGAACCGUGUCUAGGAAGCUCAGAGAGACGGACAGCGAGUUACUGAAGGUGAAAGAUGCCUUGCAGGCACUGCAGAGGCUCAAUGAAGACAAAAACCUGGCAGAAAGGGAAGAGCUCACGCAGAGAUUGUCUGUUCUCACAUCAAAAAUGGAGGCCAAUGACAAAAAAAUACAGAGCUUGGAGAAACAGCUGAGGCUGAACAAUAGAGCCUUUAGUCGGCAGUUAGCCACUGAAAACCGGAAGACCUUAACAGCCCAGACAGCUACCAAGAGUCUGGAGAUGGAAGUAAAGCGCCUUCAACAAAAACUUAAGGAGAAGGAUCGUGAGCUUGAAAUUAGAAACAUCUAUACUAAUCGAAUUCUUAAAAAUCUGCUUGAUAAAGAUGAGUAUCCAAAAGUUUCUUCAACAAAAUCAGUACAAGCAGACAAAAAAAGUUUGCCAUCUACUAGUGUGAGACACCAGGAAACCCAAAAAUCAGCAGAGGUCCCAUCCCUGACAACCAAGGAUAAAAAGGCAACAAGAAACAUUGGUCAUAAAGAAAAAACAACCGAAAUAAAUUACGAAAUUUCACACAGUAUCAGUAAACUACUAAACCAAGAAGAUUCUAAGAGAAAAUACGAAGAUCUACCAAAGAAAGAGGAACGUUUGGAAGUACAAGCAGCUCUGGAGAAUACUGGAAGACAGAAAAAGGAGGAUCAAGAAAAGGAAAUCAUUUUUAUGAAAGAAAAGCAAGAACUACCACCACAAAGAAUUCAGAUAAUUCAUCCCGAAACAGAAGGCAGCCCGGGAGACGCCGCGGUAAAGGAAAACUGUGAACGCAGCGUGCAGGUGCACAACACGGGUGAGACGCCCGAGAGACACGUGGCCCCGAACGCCAAGGUGCCCUUGAGACACAGAAAGCGUUACUCCUUCACCGAAGCGACCGAAAACCUGCAUCACGGCCUUCCUACCACGGGCGGGGUGGCCAGCACGGGCGGCACGAGGCGCCACCUCGGCGCGAGCCGACGGCGCAGCCACACGGAAGAGAUGAGGCUGGAGCACCCCGUGGGUGGGUAUGAGCCCUCUUUCGGCAAGUCUUCCAGAACAAAGGCCAGAGACACCGCUUUCAGGGACAAGAAAAGCAGUCUCAUGGAAGAACUCUUUGGAUCAGGCUACAUCUUUAAAAGUGACCAGGCAGGCGCUGUUGUCCCAAGUGCAGCUGAGGAGACCCUGAAGAGCAAGAAGAUGCCCCAGCCCCCUCCCAGCCAGGCCUCAGCCAACAAUGCUUUUGGAGAUUCUAAAGUAACGGUGGUGAAUUCUGUGACGUCGUCUUCACCUGCAGAAGAGAAAAGAAAGAUAAUCAUUUAAAUAGAAUCGCUAUGCUAAUACACCCUGGUUUGAUACACUACUCACGUGCCUCUACGCUUGUGAUUUUCAGUGGGAGAGACGGGG